AUGUCAAGUACAAAAAAUGUUGAUGACGAAUAUGUUUAUCAAGGAAUUCCGACUUAUUGGUGAUUUUUUGGGAAUAAAAUGGGAUACUGAGAUCAUCUUUGCUAUGAAGAAUUUUUUUUAAAAAGCUGAAAAUUCAAUUAGGAUUCAAAACUAAUUUAGGUUCAGGCUUAGACUUCAUGAACUUCCAGGUUCAUCGUGAUAGAAGUUGCAUAUCUAAUUGUUUGUGUUGUGGCUGCAGUUGUUAUUCGAAAACUAAAAUUCAUGAAAACUGACGAAGAUGCUGUAACUUCACACCAUCGAUUCCAUGAUGCUCGAAUCAAGAAACAAGAAGAGAAUUUGAUCGAGGCACAAAAAGGUCAGGAAAAUUUCUUGAAAGGAAGUCCGCAAGUUAAAUCGAAUGUUUGA